CUAUAAUAACUCUUGAAUGAUUUGUGCUCAGAGAGACUUCAAGGUUACAACGACCGUACACAAUGAGAACUGUAUCUGUUACUCAGAAAGAUAAUCGUCGGCCGCUAGGUAAGGCGCUACAAGUCCUGUGUGAUAUUCUUCGCACAGAUUGUAUUCAAAAGAUCGUUUUAUGUAGAUCAUGUUGUGUAACUUUUUUCUUCUUAUAAUGAAAUCAGGCAAGAGUUCUAGCCUAUCGAAUAAACAUCGGAGGCAUUGUAUUAUGCAAUAAUCCUUACGCAUGUCCAUUAGGUAUAUUGUAAUACCACGCUCUACUCAGCAAUCAUGCGUUGUGCUAAAGGAAUCACGCUAUUGGACAAUAGAACCACGGAAUCAAUACACGACUAGCAUCAGAAUGACUCAUCUGCCUGUUUUAAAAAGCACAAAUCAUUCAAGAGUUAUUAUAGCACACUACAUUUAUGAAGUAGUAGUUAUUCAAAAUCCUUAGUUUGUGUGAAAAGACACAUAACCAGCGUAAAAAACAAUAAAGUUCUCAUUGUAUACGGUCGUUGUAACCUUGAAGUCUCUCUGAAGAAAACCUUGUCCAAAAUACUGUGCACAAAUGAGAGAAGAUCAGAUAUCCACUAGAUCUUAUCGUUCGUUUAAACGAAAUGCAUGGUUGUUAAGAAUUUCAGUUUGUUUUUAAAUGUAUUCAUCAUUCAUAUUGGAAGCAGAUCUGUUGCACCUUGAAGAGUAUGAUACUUUUUAUUUCCUGUUUUAGAUGGCAGCUGACGAUAGUGAAUGGCAAAAAUUACCGGCUGAUGAAAAAGUUCAACACAAAUCUUGGAAAGCUCGUUUAUCGGGCUAUGAAGAAUGCAUUCGUUUAUUUCAAACACAAGAUAGCGAGAAAAGUGGGGAAUUCUCAAAAUAUUUGGGUUUACUAAAAAAGUUUGCUGUAGACUCGAAUGAAAUUGCACGAGAAAAAGCGUUGGAUGCCGUUUUCAUUUACGUUGAAAAUGCGAGCGUCGCUGGAAAAACGGCGAACGAGGUGUCGUCAGGUCUCAUUCAGAAAUGUCUGAACGCACGUGCAAAAACAAAAGAACGUGCAAUUGAUAUUCUGAUGAUGUAUAUUGAAAUUGAAAAACAAGAUACAAUUCAAGAAGAAUUAGUCAAAGGUUUAGAAAAUAAACAGCCGAAAAUUGUGCAAUCAUGUUUAGAGAUAUUAAGACGAGCAUUGACUGAUUUUGGUUCAAAAACAUUUCCGAUAAAACCAUUUCUGAAACCUGUAAUACCGCUGUUAGAUGAUCGUGAUAAAUCCGUUCGAGAUGAAUCGAAACAGUUGUUGAUUGAAGUAUACAAAUGGAUUGGCCAAACGUUAAUGCCGUUGAUCCAAAAUGUGAAACCCAUCCAAUUGCAAGAAUUACAAACAGAAUUCGAUAAAAUUAAUCCAGCCACUGAUAAGCCGCGUCAAACACGUUUUCUGCGUUCACAACAAGAUUUAAAGGCAAAGAUGGAACAAGAACUGGCGAACAGUAGUAAUUUGGCGACAACAACGGAUGAACCGAUGGAAGUUGGGGAUAAUGAUGAUGGGAAUGACGAAGCAAAUAUUGAUCCGUACGAUUUGAUGGAACCCGUGAAUAUUCUCGACAAACUACCAAAAGAGUUUUAUGAAACAAUUGAAUCAAAACAAUGGAAAGAGCGCAAAGAAGUCGCCGAAGAAGUGUUGACGUUGGCAACGAAAAAACGAUUAUUACCGGGCGAUUAUUUUGAAUUGGUUAAAGCAUUGAAAAAAAUCAUUGCUAAAGAUAGUAAUGUUAUAGUGGUGAUAACGGCUGCCAAAUGUUGUUCGGAAUUAGCCAAAGGUUUACGUAAAGAAUUUUAUAAACAUUCAUUGGGUGUAAUCGAAGUGUGUUUGGAUCGUUUCCGCGAGAAAAAGACAAAUGUUGUUGAUGCAUUGCGUGAAACAUGUGACGUUUGCUAUCCAGGGACAAAUUUAGACCAAAUGAGUGAAAUGAUGAUGAGCGUGUUAUCUCAUAAAACGCCUUGUGUCCGUCAGUAUACACAACAAUUUUUAACAAAAUGUUUUGCGAUGGCGACCACGACAACACUGCCAAAAAAAGUGUUAAAAAUAUAUAUGCAAGCACUGAUCAAAAAUAUGAGUGAAGCUGACGCUGGUGUUCGUGAAACAGCGGCUGAAUCGAUUGGUAUGUUAUGGAAAAAUUUGGGCGAAAAAAAUGUUCAACCACAUUUGACUGAUAUGGAUGAAUUAAAAUUGAACAAAAUAAAAGAAUAUUCUGAAAAAGCUGUCUUACUGAAUGUGAAAGGCGAAACACGUGGAACAACUACGGCAUCAACAGCAACGACAAAAAAAACUGGUCCAGUCAUUGUAAAGCCACCGCCAUCGCAAUCCGAAACGAGUGAGACCAAAGAGACUGCCAAAAAAGUGGUGACAACAAAAAAAAAGCCAUCUACGGCAGCAACCGGGAAAAAAGCGGGCGGUACACAGUCAGCAACUACCGUCUUAACAAAUUUGAAUGAGCCAUAUUCUGAACAAGAAUUGACUAUCGAAGAAGCUGAAGUAAAAGGGCUCGAUUUUGUUAACGAAGAAACGUUACAAGGUUUAACGGAUUCUAAUUGGAAAACACGUUUAUCGUCUGUCGAAAAGUUAUUUGACAAAAUCAAAAGUUUGUCGGAUCAAGAUAUUGAGCGAGAAUGUCAAUUGUUUCUUCGUUUAAUAACAAAGACACCCGGUCUAAAAGAUACUCAUUUUCAAGUGCUCAAAGCACGUUUCGACAUUAUUAUCCAUUUGGCAACAAAGUCAAACAAGUUUUCUCAACAAUCGUUAAAGUUGUGUUUACAAGAUGUUCUCGAUAAAGUGUCGGAUGUUAAAAAUUCACAAUCAGCGAAACUGACGUUGACAUGUCUGUGUGAAGCAUGUUCAGUUCCGUAUGUUUUAUCGUUAAUAUUGCCACAAAUUAAUGAUAUGAAAAAUCCGAAGACAAUCGAACAAACCCUGCUGUGGAUAAGUCAAACGAUAAAAGAGUUUUCGUUGGUGAAGGGUAUCGAUGUGAAAUUGUUGAUUCAAAUAUGUAAACAACAAAUCCAGAAUUCAAAUGCAAAUGUGAGACAAGCAACAAUGAUGUUGAUAUCGACGUUACACUUACAUAUGGGCAAAACGAUUCGCACGCUAUUUGACGAUGAAAAACAAACAAUACAAACAUUGAUUGACCAAGAAAUAGAAAAAAAUAAAGAUGAAAAAGCACCGCAACCAAGCAAGUUUUAUAAACGUCAACAACAACAGUCAAGCUCAUCGGUUACAGCGACAGGAGUUGAACCAGGAAAUGGUGAUGGCGAAGAAGAUAUGGAAAAUGAGGAAAUAGAAACGGAGGAAAAAACAGACCAAAUGGAGUCACUAUUACCACGUGUUGAUAUCAGUGAUCGAAUAACAGAAGAUUUGAUAAAACAAUUGAACGAUAAAAACUGGAAAGAACGACAAGCGGCGUUAGAAACACUGAAAACACUGAUAACACAAGCAAAAUUAAUCAAGCCAAAUUUGGGUAGUGAUCUUGUUGAUGCAUUGAAAUUAAGAUUGAAUGAUAAUAAUAAAAUGUUGGUUAAUUUGGCAUUGAGCAUAUGUCAGUUGUUAGCAACAGCAUUAGGAAAAAAUGGUUGUAAAGUACACGCUAAAACAUUAACACCCGCAAUCAUGCAACCAUUGAGUGAUGCGAAACCGCAAGUUCGUCAGUGUUCGAUAUCAACGUUGAAUGCUUGGUAUGAUGAAUGUGGAUUUCUUUCAAUGUUUGAUGUCGAAUCAGUGUUGGAAUUAUUUCAAAAAGGAAAUCCCUUUAUGUUACAAGAAUUAUGCGGUUGGUUAGCGUCUGUAUUACAAAAGUCGACGCCAUCAGCAAUUGGAAAAUGUGCUGAGCUAAAACAGUUGAUACAACCCGUUUAUACAUGUUUAGAAGAUCGAUCGGCUGAUGUUCGAUCGAAAGCACAAGAACUUAUUUUACCUUUGAUGAUUCAUGUUAGUUAUCCAUCAAUGGUGCAAGCGGCGAAUAAGUUAAGAAAAAUUGUUGUUGCUUUGUUAGAUAAAGCAAAAGAAGAUUUGCCGCCUCCCGAACCAUCUAAACCCGCUGCACAAGCAAAGAAACAAACAACAGCGACACGCCCACAAACCGCUCCAUCAAAACCACAAACAGCAGCGAUUCAUGGAUCAUCUGAGGACUUAACGGGAGACAACGAUGAUCGUCCAGCGACAGCGGCAGCGGUUGAAUCGUCAACCGCGACCGAUGCCAAGAAAGACAAAACGAAAGGAAAGACUAGUUUAACGUUGACCAAACCAUCACAAUCGAAAACAAAGUUGCUACCUCCAGCCAAACCUACUAUUCGGCUAAAAAUGUCCAGCAGCACACUGGAGAAGCAGCAAGCACUUUUAAAAAUGGAUAAACGACUACAAACAACAUCCGAAAAUGCCUUGUUUGAGCGGCGAUCAUCAUUGAAUAAUAAUUUCAUACGUCAACAACUACAACCAUCAUCGUAUAUCAAAAAGACAUCAUCCAUGGAUCUAACACGUACAUGCUAUUCAACUGGUGGCUCUACAUCAUCAUUGAGUAGCACCAAUUCAUCUGUACAAUCGACUAGAUUCUUGAAUAGUCAAUUUCCAAUGUUAAAAUCAUUGUCAAAUCAUGAACUUCUUGAACAGCAGCAGCAAUUAGGUUCUGUGGAACAGCCAUCGUCAUUGACGAAGACAAAUAAAAGUCGAAUACCGAUCAGAAUAAUUGCUUCAGCGUCAUCAUUAACAUAUAAACCAGCAAAUGCUGGUAAGGCGGCGUCUACAACGGCGAAGAAGAAGGACGAUGAUCCAGUUGGACCCACAUUGACAAAGUCGAACAAGGAGAAACGAAUUGAAGACGAGAAAGCACUAAAAACAUUAAAAUGGAAUUUUGAUGUACCACGGCGUGAAUUUGUCGAACAGUUACGUGGACAAAUGGAGGCAUAUUUUAAUAAAGCAUUACUGCAACAAAUGUUUCACGAAGAUUUCAAAUAUCAUAUCCAAGCAUUGACAACGUUGCAAAAGGCCUGUGAUGAUUACUUGGAUGAAAUCGUAUCCAAUUUAGAUUUGAUAUUACGUUGGUUAACGUUGCGUUUUUUUGAAACAAAUCCGUCGGUGAUCAUGAAAAUAAUUGAAUUUUUACAGCAUUUAUUUACAUGCUUAUCAGCGAAGAAACAGUAUCGUCUUUUAGAAUAUGAAGCAUCGGCAUUUCUUCCCUAUUUUAUUUUAAAGAUGGGUGACAAUAAAGAUCCGAUCCGUCGUGGUGUACGUCAAGUGUUGCGUCUCAUGUGUGACCUUUAUCCAAUGAAUAAGAUUAUGCAGUAUCUAUUAGAGGGUAUCAAAUCGAAAAAUUCACGUCAACGAGCUGAAUGCCUAGAAGAAAUGAAUAGUAUGGUUGAAUGUUUCGGUGUCGUUUCACUGGGACAAUCGUAUAUACCAACAUUAAAAGAAGUGGCAAAACAAAUAGCCGAUCGUGAUACGAUGGUUCGCAAUGCGGCGUUGACACUGAUUGGUACUGUUUACUUAUUCAGUGGUGAAAUAGUUUUGAAACAAUUGGGAAAAUUGAGUGACAAAGAUCAGUCGAUGUUAGAUGAACGUAUACGACGAUUAGGUAAACCAGGGAGUAAACAGGCAACUAUCGGUAAUGUAGCCGCUUUAUCAACCGAAACAAGCAAGCGCCCAUCGCCAUCUAAGGAUGAUGUUUCUGUACCAACUUCUGCCACUGAUCAACAACCGCGUAAGGAUGGUACGACGAUUGUUCGAAAUUUGUGUCGUGUACAACCAAUGAUAUCAGAAAAGAAGAGAGACACAUCAUUGACAUCGUCGAGGGCGAGUGGUUUCCAAUUAACGUUGCCCGAAGAUAAUAUGGACUCACUUCAUCUUCCCGAUUUGUCAACCAAUGAACUCGAAUCCGAUUUUGAUGUGCCAGAAUUGCCGCCAAGAAUCGUGCCAACGACAUCAAUUUCGGUUACAUAUUUAAAAGCAAGUCAAGAUUGUCGUCAGUCAAUCGAUUUGGUUAUAGCAUUGAUAGCUGAUCAUGAUUUUUUCAACAGUCUAUCAUCGUUAGCUCAAAUCGAUGAGGUGUUAAACGAUGUAACAAAAUAUGAAUAUCUGGAACCGCACAUUGACAAAAUAUUGCGGAUGUUAUCGAUGAAAUUACGCAUCACCUGCCAGAAUCAUUUGCAUGAUCCAUCGAUUCAUUUGGACGAUAUUCAGCGUUUGUUUCGUGGCAUUCUUUCGGUAUUGCACGAUUUAUUUUGUAAACAAAAUUUGGCAAAACAAGCAUCGAAAGAUACAAUCAAAGAGCUUCUAUCGUGUUUGUUACCGAUUGUCAGUCCAUCGCCGUCCUUCACUUUGUCAUCGCCUACGACCGCUUUUGCCAGCACAUCGACAACAAAUGGGAAAGAAAACGCAUUGCAAAAACUUGGUAAACACGUUUUUACAGCUCUAGUGACUUUAUUACAGAUAUCAACAUUUUAG